AUGGGCGUCUCCCUCAGCACCGCGCGAUACCUCGCGCCAGCCUCCUUCCUCUACGACUUCGCAGCGCAACAAUACGGCAUGUUCUCGUCCCCCAACAUGAAGGACAUCCACGACGCCAACCUCUCCUUCUUCUCCCCGCAACCCUACUUCAUCGCGGGCUUCUUCUUCCCUCAGCAGCUCUUCCAGCUCGCCUGGAUGUACCGGCUGUGGAAACUCAGCCCGCAAAUUCCCAAGGAGAAGAAGGAGCUCGACGAUAUGGUGCGCUUCGUGCCGUACUACGCCCUCGGCAACGUGUGCAUCGGCACGUGGAUGUUUUUCUGGAACGCGAGCCACCUCAAGGUUGCGGAUAUCUUCGUGAUCGUCAACACGACCGCGCAGCUGUUUUAUGUCUUCUCCCAGCUGGAGCCCAUGAACACCAAGUCCUGGGGUUCCAUCCUGACGCAUGUCGUCUCCAAGACGUUUGCGGGGAUCGGCGUGCUGGAUAUUUUGCAUAAUACUUCGGUGGCGUUUUAUAGGAAUCAGCUGCCGAGCAAGUCUCUCAAGGUGGCGACUGGGCUUGGGUUUGGGCUGCUCUCCGCUUGCAGUGAUUGGAUCUUGGGAGGGUGUCUGGUGUACGAUUUGAUUGCUCUGAGUGUGGGACAGGCAUCCUACGAGCAGGAUUGGAGCAGGGUGUUGGGCGGGUUCGCACUUGGGAGUGCGGCCAUUGUUGGGCUUAAGAACUAUUUCAGGUAA